UUUGUUUUCUUUUACACUUUAUUUUUGUUUUAUUGGUGUGUUCAUCAGAUUCUUCACUGAGAGGCCACGGCGCUUUGGAAGAUCCAACAAUGCCACAAACACCCUUCUCAGCUCUCUCAGCAUGAUUAGGUUUUUUUUCUUCUCUUUCUGUUUGGAUAGCUUUUCGCCCAUAAAUCCCAUGUAAAUUUACGCCACUACCACUGUAUCCCAUUGCGUUUUCUUAAAAAAAUUCAGAACCUUUUUGGAUUUGAUUCGGUCCGAAAAACAUCCAUUUGGGUCAGAUCAGAGCUCGAGUUGGGUGAAAAUUUCGCGACUUUUUUUUGGCUGGAAUCCUAAUGGUUUUGGGUUACUAUGUUGUGGUCCGUUUGAUUUGUUGACUUUGCAGGGUGAGAUAUUGAUCUGAAAAAGGUGUGGGAAUUUGAAGGAUUUAGAUUCUUGGUUUGUGCAUAGAGAGGAUUCCGAUGCGGUUAUGAAAUUUUCAGUGAUUUUGCAUUGAAGGUUGUGAUUUGGGAAACUAGGUGUUUUUGCUGGAAAAAAAAAAAAAAAAUUCUUGGGUUGGGUUCGGGAUUUUUGAUUAGGGUGGCUCUGCAUGUCUAAGCCUUAAGGGGUCCUCUACUCAGUUGUGGAGGAUCCCCGUUAAAGAAACUGAGUUAAGAUCCCUAUUAAGGAAAAGAGGUAUUCUUAAAGAAGGGGGGAAAAAAAAAAGAAAAAAAAAAAAGGGUCUUGGUCUUGAAGUGUGAUUCAGAAGGAGAUUGUGAAUUUUAUGUUAAACUGAAGUGUGAUUCAGAAAGAGAUUGUGAAUUUUGUGUUAAACUGCUGUAGAGGAAUUGUCCUACCAGAUAAUUAAGUGCGGGGAGGUUUUGAUAUUCGCGUUCCAGUUUUUGGUAUUCUGAUAUAUAAUUUGGUAGGAAAUGUACGGUUCUGGUUCGGAAACAGGACAUGAAAAUUGUGGACUUUCGGGGUCGGUUUUAAUUCCGACAAGGUUUAUGUGGCCUUAUGGGGGAAGAACGGUGCUUCUCAGUGGUUCUUUUACAAGGUGGUCAGAGCAUAUUCCAAUGUCUCCUAUGGAGGGAUGCCCAACAGUAUUUCAAGUUGUUUGGAGCUUAUCUCCGGGAUAUCAUCAGUAUAAGUUUUUUGUUGAUGGAGAAUGGAAGCAUGAUGAGCACCAGCCUUUUGUAAGUGGGACAUACGGCGUUGUUAACACUAUCCUUAUAAAUAACGAACCCAGCAUACCCAAUUUUACUCCCGAAGCACCUGGUAGAUCCAACAUGGAAGUAGAUAAUGAUGUCGCCAUGCCUGCGGAAGCAAUUCCAAGAAUAUCAGGGGCUGAUCUAGAGGUCUCUCGACAUCGUAUAUCUGCGUUCUUGUCCACUCAUAUUGCUUACGAGUUGCUUCCUGAGUCAGGCAAGGUGAUUGCCUUGGAUAUCAAUUUACCUGUGAAGCAAGCAUUCCAUAUCCUAUAUGAACAGGGUAUUCCUGUGGCUCCUCUUUGGGAUACUUGCAAGGGCCAAUUUGUUGGCGUUCUUAGUGUGUUAGACUUUAUCCUGAUUUUGAAAGAGCUCGGGAAUCAUGGAUCAAACUUGACAGAGGAAGAACUUGAAACACAUACUAUAGCAGCUUGGAAAAAGGUGAAAUUGCACCUUGGAAAUCGGAGAUCUUAUCCUCAACAGCUUAUCCAUGCUGGGCCUUAUGAUUCUCUCGAAAAAGUUGCUUCGCAAAUUUUGCAACACAAGGUUGCUACAGUUCCCAUUAUCUAUUCUUCUUCUCAGGAUGGUUCAUUUCCACAGCUUCUACAUAUUGCUUCCUUGUCUGGCAUACUAAGAUGUAUAUGUAGGCAUUUUAGACAUUCUUCUAGUUCCUUGCCCGUUCUUCAACAACCUAUUUGUGCAAUUCCAUUGGGUACAUGGGUUCCAAAAAUUGGGGAGUCAAAUGGACGACCACUUGCCAUGUUGAGACCAAAUGCCUCUCUUAGUGCCGCCCUUUCUUUGUUAGUUCAAGCUGGAGUUAGUUCAAUACCCAUUGUGGAUGACAAUGACUCAUUGCUGGAUAUUUAUUCACGAAGUGAUAUCACUGCUUUGGCAAAAGACAAAGCUUAUACACGGAUUUCCCUUGAUGAAAUGAGUAUUCAUCAGGCACUGCAACUGGGACAGGAUGCAAAUUCUCCAUAUGGGUACUUCAAUGGCCAGAGAUGUCAGAUGUGUUUGGGUUCUGAUCCUCUGCAUAAAGUGAUGGAGCGCUUGGCAAAUCCAGGAAUUCGGAGACUUGUGAUCGUAGAGGCUGGAAGCAAGCGUGUAGAAGGGAUUAUUUCAUUGAGUGAUGUCUUCAGGUUUUUGUUAGGUUAGUUUAUCUAUAUAGGCGACCAUUUCCACUGAAGGAGGUCUUUGGUGGUAGGAACUGCAAAGAGCAAUUGGUUGCCUCAAUGCUUGUUAUCUCUCAAGCUAUCCUCUCCCACUGCAAGCUCAAUGGCCUCGUAUGUCCAAAUCUUCAUUGGAAGUUGUACUUCUAUGCGCUACUCCUUUUCUAGAAUAGAAAUUACAAAGAGAAAAAAAUCUGUAAAUUGUGAGGAUUCAUUUUUAACAUGAUUAUUAUCAACUCCACCUUGUUGAUAGCACAGCUGCAAAUCCGUUUUAUCUACUGUCUAGUGCUAACAGAAUGAGGGAAAAAGAAAAAGAAAAAAAAAAAAUCAAAGAAAAAAGAAAAAAGUAAAAAAGGCAUAACUAUAUGUGAUACCCCACGCUGUUGGUGAGCAUUUACAUAAGAAAGUGGAUUGUAAGUUGAAUAUUCUGUUGCUGAUUUUGGCUUUCGUUUUACCACUGUAUGUCAUAGAAAUUUGUGAUUUA